AUGGCGACCGCCACGAUGGAGAGGCGCCUGCUGCCGGCGCUGCCCCUGGCCACACUCAUCGACCGCGAGCUCCGCGCAGGGGGCUCCGAGCGCCCGGACCUGCGCUACGGCCACGCCGGCUUCACCAAGCGUGGCGAGGACAACUUCCUCGUCAAGCCCGACUGCCUCCACGUCCCCGGGGACCCCGCAUCGGCGUUCUCCGUCUUCGCGGUGUUCGACGGCCACAACGGCGUGUCGGCGGCGGUCUACAGCAAGGAGCAUCUGCUCGAGCACGUCAUGAGCGCGCUGCCGCCGGACAUCGGCCGCGACGACUGGCUUCAGGCGCUGCCCCGCGCGCUCGUCGCCGGCUUUGUCAAGGCCGACAUCGAUUUCCAGCGCAAGGGGGAGGUGUCUGGAACCACGGCGACACUGGUGGUCAUCGAUGGGUUCACGGUCACAGUGGCGUCGGUGGGGGACUCGCGCUGCAUCCUGGACACGCAGGGCGGCGAGUUGCAGCUGCUAACCGUGGACCACCGCCUGGAGGAGAAUGCAGAGGAGCGGGAGCGCGUCACGGCCAGCGGUGGAGAAGUAGGCCGUCUGAAUCUCUUCGGUGGCCAGGAGGUCGGUCCUCUCCGGUGCUGGCCCGGUGGCUUGUGCCUUUCAAGAUCCAUUGGGGACAUGGAUGUUGGGGAGUUCAUUGUGCCCAUUCCACAUGUCAAGCAAGUCAAGCUAUCAAACACCGGAGGAAGGCUGAUAAUAGCAUCAGAUGGCAUAUGGGAUGCGUUAUCCAAUGAAGCAGCUGCACAAGCAUGCAGAGGAUUGCCUGCAGAACUGGCAGCGAAGCUUGUCGUCAAGCAAGCUCUGAAAACAAGUGGGCUAAAGGAUGACACCACCUGUGUCGUAGUUGACAUUAUACCAUCCGAUCAUUUGACAUCACCGCAAUUGUCUCCAAAGAAAAAUCAGAACAAGUUGAAGUCACUUUUUCGUAGAAGAUCGCAUAGUUCAGUUGGAAAGCUUGGAGGCAAGUCUGCCUCCAUUGGUUCUGUGGAGGAGUUAUUUGAAGAAGGGUCCGCAAUGUUAGAAGAAAGGUUGGGUAGGAAUUUGUCCUUGAAAGCAGCUUCACCACCUUUUCGCUGUGCAAUCUGCCAAGUGGACCAAGAGCCAUUCGAAGAUUUGAUGACAGAUAAUGGAGGUGGUUACUGCUCUUCCCCAUACGCUCCAUGGGGUGGUCCAUAUCUCUGUUCGGACUGUCGGAAGAAGAAAGAUGCAAUGGAAGGGAAAAAUUGA